CGCGCUGACGUCGUUACCUGUGCCGCGUGAACUGUCACACACCGGGACAGAAAGGAAGGGGACACGUGAGCGAGCGGCCCUUGGAGAUCCGGGUCACCUACCGGCACCAGGCUGACAGCAGCUUUCAGACGUUGAGGAACACAGGAAAUGCUAGAUCUGUUGCAAGCUUGUCCUUCGUUUGUGUCAGCCUGACUAUGGAACAGCAGUUUCUCGGUAGCCUGGGAAUGUUUGUACAGUAUUCCGUUUGGAGAUAUUUAGAAGUAUGCAAUGCUGCAGUGGCUUGUACGUCUGAUUAGGAUGGUGCUACAGCAAGUAACAUAUAACAUGGAAUCGAUCCUUGGGUUAGGAAAAUCCUAUGGAUCAUCUCGAAGUAUUGUACGGAAGAUUGGCUCUAACCUUUCUCUUAUACAGCCUCCAAGAGCUCACAUUCAGCUGAUAACAUUUCCUUUAGAAGCAAGUCCAAACAACCAAAAUGGAGCAGUUGCGUCGCUUGCUGAUGUUGGAUGGGUAGAUAAAGAGGAGUACAAUGUUCAUGCAAGGCUGAGAUCUGAAAUGCGACAAAAUAAAAACACAUCACUUGAAGAUGAACUGCCGUAUUUUGAGCAACAAAUCCACAGACAAGCAUCUUUACCUGUGUUUGUAAAAGAGGAACCACAGGCCAAUCCUCAGACACCGGGGGCCAAUGAAGAUGCUUUGCAGAAGAUCAAUGCUUUGGAAAGCGAACUUGCCAGCUUGAGAGCUCAAAUAGCCAAAAUAGUUAUCUUACAAGAACAGCAAAGUAUUAACGCAGUAUCAAGUCCUCCUACCCCAGUUGUGAAUGGAGAAGCUCACUCUGCAGUUUCUCUACCACCACCUCCUCCACCACCAGCACCACCUCCGCCUCCACCACCUGCACUUCAGCGGAGUGUCUCCGCCUAUGACCUCAUUAAAGAACGGAAAGGAAAAAAAAGCAGUUCACAGAUGUCUUCCGUAGAAGUUAUUCCAAAAAAGCCUGAGAUGCCAAGCAUGCUGGAUGUACUUAAAGACAUGAACCAAGUGAAGUUACGCUCCGUCAAAAGAUCACCAGAAGAUGCAAAAAGUAAACCAAGCGACCCAUUUGACCCAGGAACACUAAUUGCAGAAGCUUUAAAGAAGAAGUUUGCUUAUAGAUACCGAAGUGAUAGUCACGGUGAAUCUGAUAAAAAUGUACCACAGCCAGAACAUAAGAAGACUGAAACUCCUUUGUUUGGACCUCAUAUGUUGAAAUCCACAGGGAAAAUGAAGAGCCUCAUUCAGUCACCAAGUUCUUGAUCAUGUAGACUUCUGUACAGAAUGCCAACGGAACGUAAAUAAAGGAACUAGUUAACUACACAGUAUUUUCAGCAAUACCAGCUAUUUUUGGUAUAGCGUUACAAUGUAUUGCUUUCUUAAGGAACAUACUUCAAAACUGUACUUUUCAAUAACACUAAUUGUUUUAGAACAUUAAAACGUUAAACAAAACUGGGGUAAAAUAUUGCAUUGGAUGAGUAUUAAGUGAGUCAUUCAGGGAAAUUCCCCAAAAUGCAAAUUGUUGGGAAUUCAACGUUUAGGCCAAAAUAGCUGAUCUGAUGCAGCUGGUUUGCAGAACUUUUCCCGUUCUGCUAAUUUCACUUAAAAUUUGAAUUCCAAACAAUUUGCUCUUUUGUGAAUAACCCUGAUUGUCAAGUCAAUUCUUCUAGUGAAUAGCUCUGCAUUUUAGUAAUUAUAGUGCUCUAAACGGG